CAUGAUUGAGUGUAUAUAUAAGAAAUAUGUUUAUGUUUGACUUUAGUCAAAGAGAAGAAUUACAGUUUAGUAAUUUUAUAUUCUAAGAAACUUUUAAACUACAAUAAAGUGUAGUUGACUAACUAAAGUAUUGGUUUUUACUGGGUUUAAGUUAAGUCAUACUAUUCGAAAGAUAACUAAAGACUGAGAAAGUUCCUAAUUACAUAACGUCGGUAUAAAAAAACGGAUCAGUGUUAAAUGGAGAUUAAAAUUUUGCAUAAGCAAUGGACCAGUUCCAUUUAGUGAAUGAACAAAUGAAAAUCACUUUAAAGUGUAUGAGCUGUAGUUAAAUGAAUGUUGACAUGACUGACGUCUUAGCACACAACCUGUUUUAUUAAUUUGUGUUGGUUGACUUCUUCCAUUGACUUAGGCACCCUAAAUGUGUGUUAAUUCUUGAGGAGAAUGGUGCUUUUGUUUCUGUAUAGUAUUAAAUAUACAUUUUCCCUUUAUUAUUAAAUGUUUGCUUAGUGUCUAUGGCGUAUAGAAAUUACAGCACUUAGUUAUGAAACUACUAGUGUAUAUAACAUUAAGGUUAGUGGAAUUAUUAAAUUUUAUGCGUGUUGUAACUGUUAUUUACUAAGGAUGUAUUUCAAUUGUUCUUUCCUUUUUGGUUUGCAUCAGUUUAGCGAAAAAGAGGUGGAAGUUGUUAAAAAUCUGAGAAAAUGGUAUACUUCUCCAAAUUGCCCAGUUGAAAAAGAAAAUCUAAAUGUAGGAAACACAUCAGAACACAAUGGUCAACUUAGUAGGAUUCCUCGAGCAGGAGUAAGAAGAAUAAGGUCUUUAAAAGCAGAUGAAUUCUGUACCAUUGAAGGACAAGUUAUCAGCAUUUAUAAAUCUACGGAAACGGAUCGGAAUCUUGUCAUUUAUAUAUGGGAUGGACCAGUGUCACCUCAUGAUCAAAACACAGUUUUUCUAGGUCCAUCUGGAAAGCGUUUAUUUCAAAUGCUUCCUCAUUCUCAGCAUGAUCCACAACUGGCUGCUUUAACAGGACAUAAUUUACAACAUUGGAAUAAAUAUGAAAUUGAAAUUCAAAGGAAAUACUCACUAAUAACUCCUGAUGACUUAAAAUAUUUUAAAUACUGUGGCGGAAGUAGUACUGAAUAUAGUGAUUGGUCUGUCCCAGUUUCCAUUUACGACGAGCAUGUCGUUAGUGAAUCUGUUAAAAAUCUUAAACCUGGUGAUUUGAUACGUAUUCAUAAUGUACACGUUAUCUAUGGUCAA